AAAUUCAAAGUGAUUGAUCGAUUAUUAAACAAUUCUUAAAUCAGGGUUUCGCUAAGAGCAAAAUCACAGUUCGCGCGUUUCCAUCUUUGCAUGAAGUUUCGAACCGUAUUCACGAAUUUAACAUUAAUAGAACUGAUUGACUCAUCUCAGCAUUGUUUUAUCAGUGCAAAUGUGAACGAUUUCAUUUGCAUCGCUUGGUAUUUAGUUGAUUACAUUUAGUUUGUCAAUUAAGACGUACAUGAAGGAACAGAAAGAAAAAAAACUUUGCGUUACGCGUUUUGAUAUAACCAUGGUUGUACGUUGUUCUGAGAAAUAGCCUAAUAUUUUCUCUCGUAGUUUCUUUAUAAAUAACCAGCAUGCUGUAGGCUAUAUUUAGGAUUACAUUAAAAAUUAACAAGAAAAGCAACAAGACUACGGUCAGGAUUUUUGUUGUCACUCCAUUUUAUUCAGAGAGUUAGGCUACUUAAUGUGUCCUGACAGAUUUCAUUGGGAACAGCAUAAAAUAAUUUAUUUAUUUUUUUCCCUUUAGCCUUCCGUAUUAGCCUAAAGUCCGUUUUCUGUCACUUAUACGGGUAAAUAGCUAGAAUUGUAUGAUUCUCAAGUAAAAGUGAGAUCAUGUUUGAACAUCAGUCAAGAUAUUGCAUGCAUUAUCAUAUCUACCGGAUGCCCCGAGAUGGCAGGUCUAAUCGACGGAGGGCACAUUGCGCUUUGAUUUCCUGCGCUUUGCUGUUGGCAAGAACUGACAAUCUCCACUUCAGAUCCUGCACUGAGCGAUUGUAGGUAGCCUAUCAGUGUUCUGAUGGGCGAGACAGACUUCAGAUAUCCAUACAGCGUUCUCCCUGUUUACUACACACUCCAAUACUGCGCAAGUGAAGCGAUUCAUUUUAAGGAGACGUCUGCGAGUCAAAGGCAGGUGAGACCGACUGAUGCACUGACUGUCUGCCGCACGCUGUGUCCACGACAGAUCACCAGCGUCCACUCCGAACAAGGCAGCUCUGUUCACUGAGAAGCCACGAAACUCGAGAACACCGUGACCCCGCUCGCGUGUGGACCGCUUUAUUUCAAGGCUACAAAAACCAGAGAUAAAAAAGCCGCCGCAUCCGUGGAGCUGACAGAUUGCCGGAUCUUCACUAAUGACUGAGGACAUAGGAGGAAGAAACCACAGGAGACACAAUGCCUAGGUCUUUCUUGGUGAAGAGCAAAAAAGCUCACAGCUACCACGAGCCGCGAUCUUUGGAAGAUGACCACAACAGACUUGAUACUAUUUUAGCUCAUAUAUGUGCAGAAAGCAAAACUUCAGAUGAGUGCUGUCCGGAUGUCCUGACCGGUGACACGACUGGCGCUUGUUCCCCGGACUCUCACCUGGUGGAUCACGCGGAUCUUUCCUCGAAGUCUCCUCUCAGCAGUGACGGAAGCGUGUGCGACCGCUCCUCAGAUUACGAAGACUUCUGGCGACCUCCAUCACCAUCAGCAUCACCGGAGUCAGAAAAGUCCUUUUCACCCUCUGGUGAAGAAACGCAUCCCUUCACCGUCCCCUUCAGGCCUUACGCGUGGAGCAGGUACUCGGGAUGUGAAAUCCGACAGCUGGUCCAGCAUACUCUCAACCAUCACCGCUCUCCUCCAGCCUAUUACAGCGAUCGCGUGGUCGAGCCCUCUCUCUUCAACGAAAGAGGAUCUGGUGCUACCAUUUACAACAGUUAUGGUUCCACUGCCACCCUGUUCGAGCGCGCCACUGCCUCUGGACUUUAUGAUGACAGCAGCAUACUGGGAAAAGGAACUGAGAUGAAAUCCAGCGCUGAUGUGAUGUGUAAUCGACUCCUGCUAAAUGGCGCAUUCAAAUGUAUAAAAUGCAGCAAGGUGUUCUCCACACCGCAUGGCUUGGAAGUUCACGUUCGGAGGUCGCAUAGUGGAACAAGACCUUAUGCUUGCGACAUCUGCGGGAAAACGUUCGGACACGCGGUCAGUCUGGAGCAACACAGAGCUGUUCACUCACAGGAGAGAAGCUUUGAUUGUAAAAUCUGUGGGAAAACUUUUAAAAGAUCAUCUACUUUGUCCACGCAUCUCCUCAUCCACUCCGACACACGGCCCUACCCGUGCCAGUACUGCGGAAAGAGAUUCCACCAGAAAUCAGAUAUGAAGAAACACACAUUCAUCCACACAGGGGAGAAGCCACACAAAUGUCAGGUGUGUGGGAAAGCUUUCAGUCAGAGCUCCAAUCUGAUAACACACAGUCGAAAGCACACCGGAUUCAAACCGUUCGGAUGUGACCUCUGCAGCAAAGGAUUCCAGCGCAAGGUCGAUCUAAGAAGACACAAGGAAACACAACACGGACUGAAGUGAGGAAACGAGUCCAGGACUUUACCAAACACUACUGGACAACCUUUAAAAGUCUUUUCCAUUUAAAAAGCUACAAAUGCUUCUUCAGAAAACAUUAAAUCAGUGUUCAGAGAAGGCGAUUUGAAAGCGUUUACAUUGGUUUGUAGAGCUGUUUAUGCUUUGUGAGAUUUGCCUACGAGUCAGCAGCAGGCCAGCAGGUCUGGCAGCUUUCGCGGUGAUGUUAGACAGGGGUAUCUUGAUCCAAAUCAAUAGCCCGCUGCAGAGACAUGCCAGGCAUCGUGUCUGAACCCAAAAUAUUAUCACCAAAAUAAUCAGGGACGAAAUAUAACCGCCGCGAGAAAGGACACUGUAGGCUAUCACCCAAAAUAUCAGCUGAAGGAGAGAAAAAUCAGCGCAUCUCAUAAGAAUGUCACUUUGUUUUCAAGGCUGCGAAGGGAAUGCUGGCAAAACAAGCACUACAAUAAGACUGCGAGAUUUCAUCAAUAAAAGGACUGUUUGUGUACUAUAGCCCAAUUAAAUGAUUUGGCAACAUGUCGAAGCCUUUUCCAUUCAUCAUUUUUUUUAUUUCUAUUUAGAUUUCGUUUUCUUUAACGUAGUAGGCUAAAUAUAUUCGAUUACAUUAAAUUAAAUUGUCAUUUACACUAUUUAUUGGAAUAAAGAAUAUACAGAG